AUGGCGACGUUGGUUCUGGACAACGGGGCCUAUACGGCGAAGAUAGGGUACAGCCAGGAGAAAUGGGGGGUAAGCUGUGAUGUUGUGUGUUGCAGGGCCAUCCUGUACGAGCUGGGUCUGCAGGGGAAGCUGACCACGGACCAGCUGGCCAAGAAGUGGGACAACCUGAAGAGGAGGUACAAGGAGCUGAAGUUCCCCCCCCGCGGCGCCGAGACCAACCCCAGCUCCUGGCCCUGGUUCUACCGCAUGAACGACGCCAUGGAGGGCCGCCUGGCCGGCGCCGCGCCCGUCCUCACGCCCAUCGUGGAGGACGAGGACGAGGACUGCGAGCCGCUGUCCCCGACCCCGAAGAAGAGGGCGCGCCGCAGCCGGGGGGGCAUGUCGGAGUUCCUGACGGAGUCGGAGAUGGACCUGCUGGUGGAGAACGAGGACAAGAACGCGUCGGCGGCGCUGGGGGAGCUGCAGCGCAUGGCCGAGUUCACCUACAAAUUGACAGAAGAAGACAUAAAGCGACUCAUCGAGUUACGAGCGUCUAACGAGUCUCUGUUCACGGGGAGGAGGAACACCGCCAAGCCGGCCUGGAGGGGCAUAGUGAAGGGCAUGGGUCUGACGGGGAAGAUUACUCCAGACCAGGUCGCCAAGAAGUGGGACAACCUGAAGACCAAGUUUAAGGACCUGAAGUUCCCCCCCCGGGGCAUGGAGAGCCAGACCAACCCGGCCUCGUGGCCCUGGUUCCAGCUGAUGAGCGAGGCUCUGGAGGGCCGGCUGGCGGGGAAAGCCCCCCGGGUGACGCCCGUGUGGAGCAGCGAGGAGGACGGCGUCUUCGGCUCGUCCCCCCCCCCAGACAGAGACUGUCUGAUGGCGGAGCGGGGCAGCGUGUCGGAGCUGGAGAGCAUGGUGGGGGGGGGCGACGCCGCCGAGACCGAUGGGAGCGUCACCUACAUCGAUGCCAGCGGAGAGGAGUGCUCCACCCCCUCAGACCUCUCCUACAAGAUGACAGACCAGGACACCCGGAGGUUGAUUAAACUCCGAGCUGCUAAUGAGACGCUGUUCACCGGGAGGAGAAACGCUGCCAAAGCUGCCUGGAAGGCCAUCCUGAAGGAGCUCGGGCUGCAGGGGAAAGUCUCCACCCACCAGAUGGCCAAGAAAUGGGACAAUCUGAAGAGGAGAUACAAGGAUCUGAAGUAUCCUCCCGUUGGCAUGGAGACCGUAGCAGACAGCUCCUCCUCCUGGCCGUGGUUUCACCUGAUGAAUGAGGCGAUGGAGGGCCGCCUGGCGAGCAGCGCCCCCCUUCUAACCCCAGUAACCCAGGACGACGAGCAGCACCCUGACCCCGCCCCCAGACAUAGGCCCCGCGCCGCCGCCCCCGCACCUCCGCCUCCCGCGUCUUCCUCGGACUACGCGCAGGAAGUGUUCGCCGCCGGGGAGCCGGACCAGCGCUCGGCAGAGGCCUGCGAUGGUGGGCUGGAGCGGGAGUGGGACAUGGUGGAGAGGGAGCGCGCGGCGCUGGAGCGGGACCGGGAGAUGGUGGACCGAGACCGCGCGGCGCUGGAGCGGGAGCGGGCGGCGGUGCAGGCGGAGCGUCUGUGGCUGGAGAGGGAGCGGGCGGCGGUGGAGCGAGACAGAGCCAUGGUGGAGCAGGACCGGGCGGCGCUGGACCAGAGGGCGCUGAUGAUGAACUCGGUGGGACACGGCGGACACCUCAACUCUCUCAUGUAGGCCGCCGGGCGCCGCGCCGCGCUGUAGAGACGCCCGGGUCUGUGGCGGAGGUCUGGACCUUCAGUCUGGAGGAGGAAAACCUCCCCAACAGACCACAGAGACGCUGCAGAGACAGUUCUAGAGACGCUCUGGGGACACUCCUGGAGACGGACUGGAGACAGUCCUGGAGACGCUCUGGAGACAGUCCUGGAGACGCUCUGGAGACAUCUUCCACACAGCGUCCUGGAGACAUAGAGCACUGUAACAGGAACAGGAGGCUGCACAAUUAUACAAGAGGGUAUCGCCAUGGUUUCCUGAAGCGAUUAGAUUCACAAGAUCCCAACUGGAUCUUAGCUUCACGUAUCAGAGGAGAUGGAGAGCUGCACAAUUACACAUUCAUGUAGUUUGGGCUAGGCCUUCACGAUUCAGGGAAACAUAGGAUUUUUAGCUUAGAAUUGUUUUCACGAUUCUCUGCCAUGAUGUCUUUGACCACGACAAAACAAAGUGAAAGCAUCAAACGCUGAAAAAAGCAACAAAAAGGAGAAAUAAACAACA